CAAAUCAUUUUAUUGGAUACCAAAAACAUUACUAUAAAGAUACCAUCACUGUCUCUUCUCUGCACCAACCAAUUCUUUUUAUUUUCCCUUUCUCUAUUUAAUACUACUAUCUACUAUAGUAGUAGUACUAUAGCAUAAUUUCAUUAUUAUCCAGUAUUCGAAAAUGGGGAGAGGAAGAGUACAAUUGAAGAGAAUAGAGAACAAAAUAAACAGGCAAGUGACUUUCUCUAAACGUCGAUCUGGUUUAUUGAAGAAAGCUCAUGAGAUCUCUGUGCUUUGUGAUGCUGAGGUUGGUUUGAUUGUUUUUUCUACUAAAGGCAAACUCUUUGAAUAUGCCAAUGAUUCCUGCAUGGAAAGGAUACUUGAAAGAUAUGAAAGAUACUCGUAUGCUGAGAGGCAGCUUGUUCCUAAUGAUGAUCAUACCUCCCCGGGAAGCUGGACUCUGGAACAUGCAAAACUUAAGGCCAGACUUGAAGUUUUGCAGAGGAACCAAAAGCAUUAUGCAGGAGAAGAAUUAGAUUCGUUAAAUAUGAAAGAACUUCAGAAUCUGGAGCACCAGCUUGAUUCUGCUCUUAAACACAUUCGAUCAAGAAAGAACCAAUUGAUGCAUGAGUCCAUAUCUGUGCUUCAAAAAAAGGACAAAGCAUUGCAGGAGCAAAACAACCAGCUUUCCAAGAAGGUGAAGGAGAGGGGGAAAGAACUGGCCCAGCAAAACAAUUGGGAUCAACAGAAUAAUGAAAUCAGUUCAUCUUCAUUUGUUUUGCCACAGCAAUUGGACUCUUCCCUCCCUAGAGGUCUCGGGUUCGGGCCUUGAGUAUGGAGAAAAUUCUAUUGGGAGCGUCACCCCAGAAUGGGCCCUACAAUACGCGAUCUGGGUUAGUCGGGGCUUUAAUACGGGUAUCGGACAUUGGGUGAGAAACCAAAAAAGGAAAAAAAAAAUACAAUCAUCUAAUCAGAGUACUUUAAAGGGAUAAUUAUAGCCCAAUAUCUAUGGAUGAUUUAAUUUACGAAAUAUUUACAAAAUGUAUAGGUUUGGACAAAUAUACAUAUAUUGUACAUAAAAUAUACAUAUAAUACAUGUAAUCAGUGUAUAUGUUUUAUAUAUUAUGAUGAUAUUGGUAAAUAAGUUUGGCCAAGUUGUACAUGUUGGUAAGUUUAAUAUCACUGGUGGUCAUUCAGAUUUUGGUGAUAAACUUGAAAGUUGGAUGAUUUAUAUUUUUUGGGGGUAGACUUUAAAAUUGGAUGGUUUUUAUGCGAUUAAUGAAAAAGAAAAGAAAAGUGCUUUUAUUUAUGUGAUAAACUUCAAAGUUGGAUGAUUUUUAUGUAACAAAAAAUAGAAAAAAAUAGAAAUGUAAUUUUUCUUGAUAAACUCAGAACUGAAUGACCACGGAUGAAGAUAUUUACUCAUUAAUUGUUGUGAUCAAAUAUACUUUGAAAAAAGUUAAAAAUGAUUUUUUGGAAUAUCAUAGGUUCUUCUAGAAUUCUAAUGUAGUAUCUUGAAUAACUUGUAGAAUUAUCUAGAUAUUUUAGAGUAGUGAUAGAAGAUAAAGAUCACAAGAUUGUUAUCUUGUAGAAUUAUCUAGAUAUUUUAGAGUAGUAGAAGAUAAAGAUCAUUAGAUUUUUCUUGUAGAAAUAUCUAAAAGAUUUUCUAGAACCAUCCAUGAACAAGUAUAAAUAGGGAUGGCCUUGAACGUUUGACACUAUUCAAAAAUAAAUCCAAUACAAUACAAAGCAUAUUAAAGUAGUCAUCUUUCAAAUCUAAGUUCUCCCUUUUAAUAUUUUUCUUCACAUUUCUAACUUUCUUUUCUUAGUUGAAUCUUUCGAUCUUAGUUAACGAUUUUGGGUUAGCAGAAGGUUUCUUAAAUAUGCCUUUCUUCUGCUAUUCUCUAUAUAGUAUAAGAGCCAAAGUCAUAGAUUGACUUGUGUUUAUUUCAAGAUCGGGUUUGUGAUUAAUUCAACUGGUUUGUGCGAAUGAAUUUGAGCGGUCAUCCUAAUGGAUUAGGAAUGGAGUUGUUGAAUUAGUCCAAUUAUAAGAUAUGGAAUACAUGUAUGAAAACAUACCUUAGGGGUGAGAACUUGUGGAAUAUUAUCAAUGAAAGUAACACAAGCCUUCCUGUCGAUGACCCGAAAAAUGAUGGUGCAUAUAAGAAGUGGAAGCAGACUAAUGCGAAGGCGAAACUCACCUUGAAGAGAACCAUCUCCUCCAGUUUAUUCGAUAUAUGGAGGACGCUCGAUUAGUUAUUCAACAAGUAGAAUGAAGCUCAACUACAGAUAUUGAAGCCAGAAUAUAUUCCCUUUGUGACGUCGAUUCAAGGAUGGACUCAACAACCAUCCUUGAAGGAAUUUGAGAAUUUGUUGCCGUCACCGGAGUACUAGCCAAACAAUUGGCUGGUGAAUUUGUCAAAGAAAGAGAUGAAAAUGCUUUUGUAGUUGAUAAGAGGGACGUUAAAGGAAAAGCAAGAGUUAUGCCUCACACUCAAUUAUCACGUGGUUCAAGCUUGCUUGGAAAAAAGGAAAAGUUUUUUAACAAUUAUUAUAGUAAAAAACAUCUCAAAUAUUAUCGAUGUGGCAAAGUAGGAUAUAUAAGAAGAUAUUUUCAAGCCACAAAAAGCAACAUGGUUCAAACUGAAAAAGUUGUUGAAGAAGAAGAAUAUUGGAGAAGAUGCUUAACAAUUGAGAGUCAAGCAAUAGAUGUCUUGGCUUUCAUAAAUUUUAAAAGAGAUUAGGUCGGAUAUAAUACAAUUCAUCAUGUGGAGAAGGAAGACACUGAUAAGAAGCAAGAGAAUACUGAACAAUUCAUCAUGUGGAGAAGGAAGACACUGAUAAGAAGCAAGAGAAUACUGAAGACAUUCAGACUGGAGAUGUGGUAGCUGUUAUAGAGGAAAUUAAAGAAGUAGAUCCAUAAAUUGGCUAUAAGAGUCUGAAUGUGAAAGAUAUUGAAGUAGAUUCUGAGAAGAUAGUAUCUGAAAAUUAAUAUGCCAGUGAUGACUUUAUCGGAGAAAGCAUUAAGGGAGAUGUAGUGGAAGCUGAAGUCUCGAACCAGUCAUCCAUCGUAUCAAGGUCAAUCACUAGCUCAGAGCAAAUAUUGAAAGUUGAAGCUAAAGAUCAAAUAAAUGAAGACGUUGAAAUUAAAGACCUAAUUUCAUAUGGAGAGAUAUACAAUAUGAUUGAAGAGCUAGAAACAGAAUCUAGUGGUGGAUCCUAUUAUGGUGCUAAGGAUUUACAGAAAAUUAAUGAUCAGAUCAUCAUCGAAUCAAAUGAGGAGGAGGAUACAGAUGAAAUGUCCUUGUAUUAUGAAGUUGCUUCAAAAAGAGUAAGUUCUAAAAUCUUGAAUGCUAGAGCUCUAAACUUUUCCAUCACAUGUGUGUCUCCAGAUAAUGAAGUUGUGGAGGAGUUCGGAGAAAGGGGGAGCUCGAAAACUCAACAUCAUAAAACACGACAAGGACAAAUCAAUGACGGAAAAUCUUCAACAUUGAAAGGAGAAAGCGGAGUUCAGAAAAAAAUGUUAAGAGCUUCACUAAGGCAUGGUUCAAAGUUUCGUUUGAGUUCUUCUACAACGAGUUUGGGAUAGCUUUCAAAAAAUAACUUUAAGGGGGAGUGUGGAAAAAGUUAAAAAAUGAUUUUUUGGAAUAUCAUAGGUUCUUCUAGAAUAUCCUAGUGUAGUAUCUUGAAUAAACAUUUUGUAGAAUUAUCUAGAUAUUCUAGAGUAGUAGAAGAUAAAGAUCACUAGAUUUUUCUUGUAAAAAUAUCUAGAAAAUUUUCUAAAACCAUCCAUGAACAAGUAUAAACAAGGAUGGCCUUGAAUAUUUAUAACUAUCCAAAAACAAAUCUAAUACAAAGCAUAUUCAAGUAAUCUUCUUCCAAAUCCAA